UCAAGAAAUGGUGUUUGAUUAGUUUAUGUAAUGAUGCUUAGAUUAGCAAAAUAUGGGUGUCUUAGUAAAGGUGACUACUUUAAUGCAUUAAAAACAAUCUGAGUACAACUUUUGCUUGUGCAGCCAGCCCUCUUGGAAAUCUCACAGCCAGCUGUAACUUUUCUCUCUCUCUCUCUCUCUCUCUUUCCCCCCCUCUCUCUAACCCAUUCUCUGUGUCUGUCCCAAGAAGCCCUAAAGUUUCUCUGUGUUUUCUUUUUCCUCUCUGUGGCGUGCAUUGUAUCUGACUCUUUUUUGCCCUGCGAGUUAAUGGCUGAUAUCGGCCCUCAGAUUCAGGAGAAGCAGCCGAAAGAGGUCGUGGUGAUGGAGACUGAGAGGGGUGCACCGGACGUUCAUGGCGAGUCGAGGAAAAUGCAGAGGGAUUUAGAGAAUUGCAGAGCAGUUUACGGAGGGAUUGAAGACAACAAGCCUACACAGUGUGAAAUUCUGAUGUGGUAUUUGUAUGGCUUGUGCUCAUAUUUUGUGCACACUGUGCUUAUUCCCAUCGUCUUCCCGCUCAUCAUCAGCCAGACGGUGGCUCAUCCGCCGGAGCCGCCGCAGGGGUGGCUGGUGAGCCACAAGGGCCUCAAGUGCAGGCACAGUGCAAUGCAACUAUACGAAGGAUUAGCACAUGGAUCGAUCAAACUCGGCCAUAAGAGCUUCUCCCCGCUAGAAUGGACAUCAAUUUCUUGGAUGUUAGGGCUAAUUCUAUCGGCCCCGUUGCUCGGCUAUCUUUCGAUCCUGAUCGAUUACGGCCACCAUCAGCAGCUCAUCGCCGGCUUAGCCACAGGCAUCGGCGCCCUUUUCUGCCUCCCGGCCGGCUUUGUCAGGAAGCCGUGGAUCUUCCCUCUCUACAUCGCCGUCAUUGUCGCUGCAAACACGAUCACUCGAGCUGCCCAUGCCCGUCUCCUUGGCCUAAUGACCCGAGCCUUUGCAGGCGCAAAGAUCCCGAGACACCAGUUCCGCAACCGAAGCUCGUUCGCCAGCUCGCUGUCGCUGUAUUCGACAGCAGCCGGAUGUUUAGGCGCUGCCGUCAUGUCUACCUUCACGUACCGUAUGCUCAGCCACUCGGACCACUUCACCUCGCUGUGGGUUGUCUCGAUCUUCAGCGGAUUGAUAUGGGGAUUAGGGCUGAUCCACAUUUUCAGCGCGGUUCGUUCCACCGUAAGCUUCGCCGAUCUUCAGUCGAAUUCAGCUCCCCUGACGCACGUCAUCUCGAUAUUCAAAUACCCUCAUGCCGCCGCGAGCCUUGCCGGAAUAUUCCUUUCGUCUUUCGCGUCGAUGUGUAUAUUCGCCGCCACGAUACUCUACGCCAUCGGAUCUCUUUGCGUUAAGUCGGAUAUCAUACUCUUUGCCUGGCUGCUCUACUUUUUGAUCCCGUUGGCGUCUCUCCCCCUCGCACACCCCCUGCAGCUACUCUCGAAAAUGGACGCCGCAAAAAUGCAGCUUCUCGGGUUUACUCUAACAGUUCUGACAUCGGGUUUCGGAUUCUACUAUAAAGGAAGGGUUUGGGACAAAAGCCAUCUUCUGCUAUUCGCUGCGAUCCAAGGCACGGCCACCGGAUUAUUACAUGCUUAUGGAAGGGUUCUUUGGGUCGACUGCUCCCCAGCCGGGAAAGAAGGCGCGUUUUCUAUGUGGUUCUCGUGGGCUCGGGCAGUCGGCGCCUGCGCCGGAUUUGCUGUGGCGACGUCGAUUCCCGGCAACGUCGGUCGGGCUUUCGGAGCAGCAUUCUGUGGAGGGGUUGUCGGAAUGGUGGUUCUGAUAUUUGGGAACGUUAGCAGCUUCAGAGGUGCGAAAGCAGCUGGACAUGUCUCCAAAAGUGAUCGAGAAUUGGACAAUGAAUCGUCGUAGUGGUCGUGAUUUGUAGUCAUAAGAGGGAAUUUGAUUGUGUUUAUUUUUACUUACUGAUGUAUGGGUUGUUUGUUAUUUGAUUAGGGGUUUCUUUAAUUUAAUCAUCUUUUCUUAAGGAAUAGCUUCAGGAUUUGAUUUUGGUCAACAGAAUUCGACCGUUGCGUGAGACAAUGAUUUAUUGAAAAUAACAUUGAAUUAUGUAUAUUUAUUUAUAUUUAAUUUGAAGUAUUAAUGGUGUGGCGUGGUUGUAUUAUC